AUUGGUCAGGAGCUGACGACCAGGAAGUAGAAACCGCACGACCUGUURUGCGUGCGGGAAGAAGUUGCUUUUCUAUGCAGUUCUGAAUUGUUUCUUUUCUCUCCAAACGCUGGUAACGUGACUCCUACAGCUCAGUGUUUCAGCUGAACAACAUUGCUUUUCUGCUCCACACAUCAUGACCAAACCUCUGUUCCCCAGAGAGUCUGGGCGGUUCAUAGCCGAGCYCAGCCAGGAUGUGUUUAUCGAGGACGCCGGAGUGCAGAAAGUGGCAGAGAUGCUCUAUGAUCUCAGACACAGUGAUGCUCUGACCGCCAGUGGAUGGAAGCACGCAAAUCCUCUGGCUCCGGCCCCCACCUCAGACCAGGCAUUGAACUGGGUGUUUGUUGUUGACACCAUGAACUUUUCCUUUUGGCCUGAGAAGGAAACAGAGCAGUGUGAGGUGACCUAUAAAGGCACGACUUACACAGGCUACAUGACCCUGUGUGCUUCUAUCACCAGGGCCAUGGAAGAAGGUGUACCCAUUACUGAUCCUAAGUACUUUUCUCAGAUGAGUGUGGAGGAGUUGGGUCACGUCCUUCGAUCAGACAAUGGAACAGUGACGCCGAUGCUUAAAGAACGCCACCAGGUGCUGACUGAAGGCGGCCGCGUGCUGCUGGAGCACGGCGGAAGUUUUCGGAGUUUCAUCAGCCAAGCCGGAAACGACGCCCGGAAGAUGGUGGAGUUUGUUGUGGAGAAGAUCCCGUCCUACAGAGACGAGGCUACGUACGAGGGCACCAAAAUAUCUUUCUACAAGCGAGCACAGAUCCUGGUGGCAGAUUUCUGGGGGAUGAUGGAGGCCAGAGGAGAGGGAGGCGUCACCAACACGGACUGGCUCACCAUGUUUGCCGACUACAGGGUUCCUCAGGCGCUCGUCUACUUGGGAGUACUACGAUAUUCCGACUCACUGUUGCAGGUGUUGAAAAACGGUGAACUGCUGUCUUCAGGGGACAGGAGAGAAGUGGAGAUCCGAGGCUGUUCCAUUUGGUCUGUGGAGCUGAUUAAGGAACMUCUUUGUAAGCUGGUGCAGGAGAAGGACGGGCGGGCCUGCGACGUCAACUCUGCUAUAAUCGACUUCUACUUGUGGCCUUUUGCGAAGCAGCACCAUAAAGAGAUGGCCCACAUCCCCAUACACCUCACGCGCUGCAUUUACUACUGACCCACCAACCAGCGACUGUACACAGAGCAGACCAUACCUCACUCUUUAACACUGGUGCUGUCUCCUGAACCAAGCAUGUCUCAUUAAAAUGUUUAUAUUAUGAACCAUUUUCUGUCAAACAUUUUACUGUUAAAAAGCCAAAGAUCCUGAUCCAGGAUAUGAAAAUGAUGCAUCUGGCAGAGAAUUAAAUUUGUGAAUUGACAUGCAGAAGCUAUCAGCUCUCAUUUACUGUUUACAUUAAAGCAGAAUGACUGCAGGGUACAUCGAAAGAAGUCUUCAAGUUAUUUCUACCAAUUAAAAACUAAAUCUAGUGUAUCGAAUUUGUAUCGUUUUGAUAUGUCGCUGUGAAAUGAUCAGGAAGAAGUUUAAGAUUGUGUGAAGCUGAAAGUACUGUGGAAAGGUUUGACAGUGCAGAACUCACUGAGCUCUGCUUCACCUGUAGUCUGUAGUGUCUAAUACUGUUAUUUGAUUGUUUCUUAUUUCCUUUAUUCUUUAAUUUCUCUUUUAAUACAUUACCACCAAAGACAA